AUGGACACUGCGAUGAACCUGACGGUCACACAUUGUGGCCACAUGUUUUGCGGCAACUGCCUGCACCAGGCUAUGCAUGCGGAGGGCACCAAGAAGAUCUGCCCAAUGUGCCGACAGAAGCUCGAGGCGCGACCCAAGAAUGGCCAGUCAUCAAAAACCGCGAAAACCUUUUUCCAUCUCGAACUGAAACUCCGCCCUUCAAAAAAGCAGGGCAAGCAGCCCGCACGGAUGCCGAACUCAUAG